AUGGACCGAAGAGAUACUAUAUACAAUUUUCGGCCGUACAAGAUUCGCGUAUACCGGCCCAAUUCAACUUACCAUAUCGUCACGAUCGGUCUAUCUGUCGCUGUCUCAGAGCUGUAUCCUGUUCUCAAUGAGAAGCUCUUACUUGACCCUGAACGCGAGACUCAUCGUCUAUAUCUGAAAGAACGGGGCAGAGAACGAGUCUUAGCACAAACGGAGAGGCCUGCAGAUAUCGUCCGCAGACGCCUAGAACAAGCUGGGUAUGAUGCGAAGGACGGUCAGGAUCUACUGGAGAAAGAAGAUAUUGGCUUUCUCCUCAAAUUCGUGUAUAAGAGCAAUCUCCUUGGCCCAACAGAAGAAGAACUGGUCAUCGAGAAUUUCGAGUACAUCGACUUGACUGGCAGGAGCUUGAAAACUGUUCCAAUCGUCCUGUAUAGCCACGCGGACGAGAUUGUCUCCCUCACGCUCUCCCGUAACCCCAUGCUCGAGAUCCCUCGCGACUUCAUACAGCGCUGUACGACGCUCAGGGAUCUGCGCCUAUCCAACAUGGCCAUGAAGAAGGUGCCUCAGAGUGUGCGCUAUUGCACUACUCUACAUCGGCUAGAAAUCUCGUCCAACAGGAUUGUCAACCUGGAUGAGUCUUAUCUGGACGAUAUACCUGAUCUGCGGGACUUGAAGGCCCAGAAUAACCGGCUGGAGAGCCUUCCAUGGUUCUUCCCUCGGAUGCGGUCGCUCAAGUACCUGAACAUUUCGAAUAACAAGUUUCGCGUAGUCCCUUCUCACCUAUGCAAGGUUGAGAGUCUGGUUGACCUCGAUAUAUCAUUCAAUAUGAUAACAGAGAUCCCGGAGGAGAUUGGCGAGCUGAGGAACUUGGAGCAGUUGGUAAUCGUGGGGAAUCAGGUUUCCCGCCUACCCAAGUCCUUUUCCCGUUUGGAGAACUUGAAGUUACUCGACUGUCGUCGGAAUAGGAUAUCCGAUUUGUCGAUCGUCUGCAGCCUACCAAAGCUGCAAACCCUCAUGGCCGAUCACAACGCGAUACACGGCUUAGAGCUCGCUCUAGGACCGUCGCUUGAGGUUCUGGAUGCCUCUCGAAAUGAUAUCACCCAGCUUACUCUCGUCUCGGGCCUGAAGAAUCCAUUCCCAUACGUCCUCACAUCAUUAGAUAUUUCCUACGCGAAGCUACCCUCCCUUGAUGAAGCAAUCUUCUCGCAGCUGACAUCGCUGAAGUCUUUGAAGCUCGAUCAUAACUCGUUCAGGUUCAUUCCGGAAUCUCUAGGCCAGCUAGAGAGACUGGAGCAUCUAUCGUGCUCAGAUAAUCAGCUUGAUUCUUUGCCAAUCAGUAUCGGGAAAUUGCAGAAGCUAGAAACCCUUGACGCCCACAACAAUAGCUUGACGGAGCUUCCGGCUGAGUUGUGGAACUGCGCCUCCCUUGUCCAUAUCAACUUCACCUCCAACCUGGUCAAUGUCUGGCAUAACCCACCCAUGACGGUACCACCGGUUCCGGCUGGUGACAACAAUAGUUUUGCGAACUCCUUGAUAUCUGAAAGGAAAGGGUCGACUAUUUCCCUCGAGCAAGCUCGUGCGAUGCCUCCUCUGGCCAAAUCGUUGGAACGCCUUUUCUUAGGAGAGAACAGGUUAGGGGAUGAAGCACUGCAUGCGUUGACCGUCCUGAAGGAACUGAAAGUUCUUAAUCUGUCGUUCAACGAUAUACAAGAAAUGCCGUCACGAUUCUUCGCCAGCCUGUUGAAGUUGGAAGAGCUAUACCUCAGCGGAAACAAAUUAUCAAUCAUUCCGACUGAGGAUCUCCAUCGUUUAACCAAGCUAACAGUCCUUUUCCUCAAUGGAAACAAGUUGCAGACAUUACCGCAGGAGCUUGCGAAAGUCACCAGUCUUCAGGCUCUGGAUGUCGGAAGUAACGUAUUGAAGUACAAUAUCAACAAUUGGGAGUUCGAUUGGAACUGGAACUUCAAUACGAACCUGAAAUAUCUCAACUUGUCUGGAAACAAACGACUGGAGAUCAAGCCAGACGCUCACAUGAGUCACAAGGGGCAACGCAACGUGGAACAGCAACAUCGGAAGAUGUUGGCUGGAUUUACGGACUUGACGCAACUUCGCAUAUUGGGUCUAAUGGACGUCACCACGACCUUUGUGCCUAAUAUUCCAGAAGAGACAGAAGAUCGCCGAGUCCGCACCUCCGGUUCCGACGUCAAUGGGUUGGCCUACGGUAUUGCAGAUACUUUAGGCAAGUCGGAGCAUCUCAGCAUGUUCGACCUCGUGCAACCGCGUUUCCGGGGCAAGGAGAACGAGGCCGUCUUCGCUAUGUUCGGGCGUGCGCAGUCGAAGGGCAAUAACAAUGUCCUGGCAAAAUACUUGCAUGACCGGUUCAUCCCUACGCUCAUCAAAGAGCUCCAAAUGAUCAAUCUUAUCGAUGCUAAUGGCGUCCCCGAUGCUCUGAGGCGGACAUUCUUAGCGCUCAAUAAAUCCAUGCACGACAGUCUUUAUUCGGGUAACAAUCGCAAGAUGUCAACUGGCGGUAGCAUGCAAGUCCACGCCGUCCACGAUAUAUCCAGCCAGAGUGGUGCUUGCGGUAUAGCGUUGUAUCUCCAGGAGAAGACCCUGUACGUCGCAAAUGCGGGGAAUGCUCUAGCUGUAGUCUCAAAACAGGGUGCUGCGAUGCCUCUAGCGAAAAAGCAUGACCCAUUCGACCGCGAGGAGACUGCGAGGAUUCGAGCGGCCGAAGGUUGGGUGUCACCCAAGGGCCUUGUCAAUGAUGAGGUUGACAUGUCCCGUGCCUUCGGGUUCUAUAAUCUCCUCCCAGUGGUCAACGCGCGGCCGUAUGUGCACACUUACCACUUGAGUGCCUUAGACGAAUUCGUGAUCAUAGGCAACCGCGGUUUGUGGGACUACGUCUCUUAUCAAACAGCGGUCGACAUCGCUCGGUCAGCGCGCGACGAUCCAAUGAUCGCAGCUCAGAAACUGCGCGACUUUGCCAUUAGCUACGGAGCAGAUGGCAGCACCAUGAUCAUGGUCAUCAGCGUGGCCGAACUUUUUCAUUCCAACGUACGCUCUCGUCAACCGACUAUGGACUCUUUCGUCGAUCCAGAGUAUGCCUCAUCCCUGCGCCGCAGACGGCGAGAUGAAAUCAAUGAUCGCAACAUAUCACGUCUCGAUAUAGAGGUAUCACCUCCCGUCGGACAUGUGGCUUUGGUGUUCACCGACAUCCGCAAUUCUACACAUCUAUGGGAGGUGAAUUCAGGGAUGGCGACUGCUAUGCGCCUACACAACAACCUAUUGCGGAGGCAGUUACGCUUCUGCGGUGGGUACGAAGUCAAGACCGAAGGUGAUGCCUUCAUGUGCUCCUUCCAGAAUUCGCUCUCAGCCUUGUGGUGGUGUCUUUCGGUUCAAGAAGCAUUACUCAAGGAAGCCUGGCCUCUGGAAAUCCUAGAGUGCGAGGACGGAAAGGAAAUACUCGAUGCCGAUGGCCGUAUCAUUGAGAGGGGUCUAUCCGUGAGGAUGGGUAUGCACUGUGGCACUCCCGUAUGCGAAAGAGAUCCGAUCACGCAUCGUAUGGAUUAUUUUGGCACUAUGGUCAACCGUUCGGCGCGGAUCUGCGCUCGUGCUGCAGGAGGUCAGAUCAUGUGCAGCGCAGAUGUCGUCCGAGAGAUUAACGCCAAAGUACUGGGCACUGAGCCCGAAACCGAAUAUUCCUUCUCUCAGGCUCCUCAGGCGAUUGAGGCCAUACAGCAGAUCGGUAUCGAGGUGGUCCCCGUUGGGGAGGUGAAGCUCAAGGGGUUGGAAAUCCCCGAGAUGCUCUCGGUCGUGUAUCCUCGUGCGCUUGCAGGACGUAAGGAUCUCAAAGACGAGAGGCCAAGCGAGAACACGUCCAGGAUACAGUUCAGCGUGGACCAGAUGCGUCAGUUGGAGAUGUUAGCCAUCCGCCUGGAGGCCCUGACUUCCGGUCGGGUGUUCCGGGCCGAACCGCCAGGCAAAAGCAGCAGAGCAGGUCAAGCCGGUGCCGACGAGUCCUCCUCAGGAUCAUGCAUCAUCCGCGGAAAUGCGGAGUUGCUGAUGCCUGCGAUCAGCGAGAAGGCCUCUGACAAUGACUUAAUGCUCCUCAUGGACUCCCUCUCGCUCCGCAUCGAGAACUCUUUGAAGGCCUUGACCCUCAAGCAUUUGUCGAACGAAGCGGGCGUCCAGACUCUACUCGCCUCGCUUAAAGACUACGGACAAGGGAACGACCGGACUUUGCGCGUACUCUUAUCACUUUUCGAUGCUAGUUAG